UCAUUCCUUGAAGCGUGUGAAAACAGAGAUAUUUUCGUGAAAAUGUAAUUUAAAUGUACUGUUUCGUAUCACUUCGGCUUUCAUAUUACAAGAUAAAAAGUUUCCUGCUUGCAUAUUUGAACAUAAAAUAUUAAUAUUGCAGUCAUCUUUGCAUCGUAAAUAGUAUACGUCCUAUAUGUCAAUUACAAACAUAACCUCUAAUAUACAAAGGACAAGAGGAUAUAAGCGUAAGUGUUGGACUUAACCUAAAAUAUAUAUGAAAAAUCGAAAAAUUUAAAAAUGAGUAGUAACAGAAAGAAAAAAUCUUCGAGUGAAGACAGUGAUAGUGAGGAGGAGAGGACAAAGAGGGAUAUUAAAGAAAGGGAUGAAUUUUCCAAUCGACUUAAGGCUAAAGAUGAAAGCAAAGUUCGGAAAAUUGCUAUGCCAGCAGGCUCUGGAGCAGCUGAAGCCGCAAAGAGAAUUAAACUUAUUGAUAGUGAAGCGAGAGACAAACUUAUACCAAAACUUCGAGUGGAAUCACGCAGACUUUAUUUGGAGAAAAGGAAAGAGGAUAAAGUUCAAGAAUUGGAAGCGGAUGUUCAUGACGAUGAAUACUUAUUCGAUGAUAGCGUGUUAACUGAGAGGGAAAAAAGGGAGAGGGAACAUAAAAAGCAACUCCUUCAAUUAGCUAAAGAACAUGAACAGGCGAGGGAACUCGAGCGAAUUCAGCGGUAUCGCAUGCCUCUUCAAGAUGGGAAAGUGGAGCCAGAACCCGAAAUUCCAGACAAAGAACCUCCGCAGUCAGAGCAAAGCAAAUGGGAAUCCGAUCAAAUGUCUUCGGCUGUCUUUAAAUUUGGCGCUAAAGAUAAAAAAGCUAAAGAGGAGUACGAGUUACUCUUGGACGAUGAAAUUGAAUUCGUCCAAGCUUUGCAGAUGCCCGGGGUUAUGAAAGAUAAAAAACGAGAAGCGAGUCCAACGCCACAAGCGAAAGCUUUAACUACUAUCGAGGAAACUAAGAAAAGUCUUCCUAUUUAUCCUUUCAGAAAAGAUUUACUUGCUGCUAUUAGAGAUCACCAGGUUCUGAUAAUCGAAGGAGAAACUGGAUCUGGAAAAACUACUCAAAUUCCACAGUACCUUUAUGAAGCGGGAUAUACAGACGAUGACAAAAUUAUUGGUUGUACGCAACCACGCAGAGUGGCUGCGAUGUCCGUAGCAGCCCGAGUUGCUCAUGAAAUGGCUGUGAAAUUAGGAAAUGAAGUUGGUUACGCUAUUCGUUUCGAGGAUUGCACCUCUCAACGCACUCGAAUUAAAUACAUGACUGAUGGUACUUUGCACCGUGAAUUUCUCAGCGAGCCAGACCUUGCUUCUUACAGUGUAAUGAUCAUUGAUGAGGCGCACGAAAGAACUUUGCACACAGACAUUUUGUUCGGUUUGGUGAAAGAUAUAACAAAGUUUCGCAGUGACCUGAAAUUACUAAUCUCAUCAGCGACUCUGGACGCUACGAAAUUCAGCGAAUUUUUUGACGACGCGCCUAUUUUCCGGAUACCCGGUCGUCGAUUUCCAGUCGAUAUUUACUAUACGAAAGCUCCCGAGGCGGACUACAUCGACGCCUGUGUCGUUUCCAUUCUUCAAAUUCACGCAACUCAACCCUCGGGUGAUAUACUUGUAUUUUUGACUGGUCAGGACGAAAUUGAAACGUGCCAGGAAAUGUUGCAGGAGAGAGUUAGAAGACUGGGAUCGAAACUAGCAGAAUUGAUGAUACUGCCUGUUUACGCCAAUCUGCCGAGUGAUAUGCAGGCUAAAAUAUUUUUGCCAACUCCUCCUGGUGCGAGAAAGGUUGUUCUUGCCACAAAUAUUGCAGAAACGUCUUUAACUAUAGACAACAUAGUUUACGUGAUUGACCCUGGAUUUGCUAAACAAAAUAACUUCAAUUCCCGAACUGGGAUGGAAAGUUUGAUGGUUGUUCCAAUUAGUAAAGCCUCAGCAAAUCAGCGAGCUGGACGAGCAGGAAGAGUCGCUCCCGGAAAAUGCUUUCGUCUUUAUACAGCCUGGGCCUUUAAACACGAGCUCGAGGAUAAUACUGUUCCUGAAAUUCAGAGAAUAAACCUCGGCAAUGCAGUCCUGACACUGAAAGCACUUGGUAUUAACGAUUUGGUCCACUUUGACUUUCUUGAUCCUCCUCCCCACGAGACUCUCGUUUUGGCUCUCGAGCAACUUUAUGCUCUUGGUGCUCUAAAUCAUCACGGUGAGCUGACAAAGUUGGGCCGGCGAAUGGCUGAAUUCCCGUUGGAUCCAAUGAUGGCAAAGAUGUUAAUUGCGAGUGAGAAGUACCGAUGUUCAGAAGAAAUUGCCACUAUUGCCGCGAUGCUCUCCGUGAACGGUGCUAUUUUCUACAGGCCGAAAGACAAACUAAUUCAUGCUGACACGGCUCGAAAAAAUUUUCAUGUUCCCGGUGGCGAUCAUCUGACAUUGCUCAAUGUUUAUAAUCAGUGGCAGCAGUGUGACUUUAGCACGCAUUGGUGUUAUGAAAACUUUAUUCAGCAUCGUUCGAUGAAAAGAGCACGAGAUGUUAGAGAUCAAUUAGUCGGUUUGAUGCAACGAGUCGAAAUGCAACUUGUUUCUGGCAUUACGGAAACUGUUAAUAUCAGGAAGGCAAUCACGGCAGGAUAUUUUUAUCAUGUAGCGCGGUUAUCAAAAGCUGGAAAUUAUAAAACAGCAAAGCACAAUCAAACCGUUUCGAUACAUCCAAAUAGUUCGCUUUUUCAGGAAUUACCCCGAUGGCUUCUUUAUCACGAAUUAGUGUUUACAACAAAGGAAUUUAUGCGACAGGUGACGGAAAUCGAGAGCAAGUGGCUGCUGGAAGUAGCGCCUCAUUAUUAUAAGCCUAAAGAGCUUGAAGACUCAACGAAUAAAAAGAUGCCCAAGGAAUUGGGACGUUCUAGGCCCGAUGGUACGAACUAGGGUUUUAUACUAUUGAAUUUCAUGAGUAAAUAAUUCAUACUUUGUAUAUUGUAUUUUCUUUGUACAGAUUAAAUUGAAGUCUCGUGAAAUGUAAUAUAUUUUAUACUUUGUUUUUUACAUUUAAAUACAUAUAGGAAUCGUACUUUUCAUA